AUGCCGGCCACCACCAGCUGGGAGAGCAGGCGGCAGUUCUGGCGAGCGACCCAGGUCGCCUGGUCGCCGCCGGCCGAUGCCGUGUACGCCAGCCGGCAGGCCUGGUCGGCCUGCCACUGCCGCCACCUGUGUCUGGUCGACCGCGCCUGCGCCGCCGCCGAGGUGACCGAGGAAGGCAGCGAGCUCUCCUGCCGGCUGGCCUCUCGCCGCGGUAACAGCACGGCCAACACCACGGCGACAGCGGCCUUCGUGCGCAACGGUCGCGCCGAGCUGGGCGAGCGCUGCCUCAGCUCCGCCGAGUGUGGCCAGGUGGACCCGGGCACCAAGUGCGAGGCCGGCGUCUGCACCUGCCCGUUAGCCCUGCUGACGGCCGACGGUCGUUGCGUCAUCCACGACUGCGCCGAAGUGACGCCGCUCGGUGCCCACGCCAGCGGGCAGUACGAGAUGCUGCUGGCGCCGGGCGAGCCGCCUGUGCAGGUGUACUGCGACAUGGAGACGGCCGGCGGCGGCUGGACCGUGUUCCAGCGGCGCGAGGACGACGCAGAGCAGCUAGACUUCUACCGCGACUGGCAGAGCUACCGCGACGGCUUCGGCAAUGUCUCCGGCCAGUUCUGGCUCGGCAACGAGCUGCUCCACAGGCUCACCGCUCGCCAGCCGCAGGAGCUACGCGUCGACCUGGAAGACUUCGAGGGACGGCGCCGCUUCGCUCAAUACGGCUCGUUCAGCCUCUCGAACGAGACGGACCAGUACCGGCUCCAGCUGUCGGGCUACCGAGGAGACAUGGUGCACGCGUGGCCCCAGAUGGCGCACGCGUGGCCCCAGAUGGCGCACGCGUGGCCCCAGAUGGCGCACGCGUGGCCCCAGACGGUACAAGCGUGA